AUGAUAAUAUCAACAUCAAAUAUGAUUACUAUUAUUCUGUUAAUUCUUUGUUAUUAUUUAACACUCUGUUAUGCUAUUACAGUUACGGUCACGGCUGAUUGUGGUGCAAACAAUGACAGUGAACAUCAAUAUUCAUCUGAAUUUUCCCCAUCACCAACACCACCACCAUCGUUACAUACUACCAGCUCCUAUUCCUACAAUUACCCAUCCUCACUGGAUACUGAAGGAGCUGUUUCAUAUUAUGUUGGUAGAGGUAGUUGUAUUUUCACAAUUUAUAAUGGUGAAAAACCUUAUGUUCAAGCAUUGAUUCAAUGUCCAGCUAAUAUUGAAACCGUUCCUACUGGAUGCACAAACAUUGGAUUUAAAACGUAUUGUCCACCAAUCAGCCAUUGUUCAUGGGUUUAUCCAAAUAAGAAUUCUUGGUACCGACAAUUGGAAUGUAAUACAGAUGUUUGUACUUUAACUCACCUUGACAAUGGAAUCCCAAGUUAUGCAUGUACACCAAGUGAAGGUAAUCAUGCUCCUGUAACAACUGGUACUCCAUGUGUCAUAUCAAUGAUUACUACAACCAUUAUUACUAGUCGUAUCACUCAAUAUCUUACUUAUUAUGGUAAUUGUCCAUCUACAAGUUUGGCUCCUGGUGAAUGUACUUCCUAUGCUGGAAGCGAAUAUUGUCCACUUCCAAGUUGUCUUCCAAAUAAUUCAACAUUAUCUCAUGGUCAUAAUGGAAAUACUACGCACCAUAAUCAAACAAUAUGUGGAACAUUUUCUUGUUCUUUUGUAACUGAAUCUGGUUUCACUGGAUUUAAUUGUGAUCCAUCAACAACGACUUCAUCUGAUGGUUGUUACACAACAGAAUUCAGAGAAUGGGGUAGUCGUUAUUUUUCAUCCGGUUGCUUAACAACAACAACAAAUUGUAAUGAAACAAUAUUCACUCAUGAUAAGAAACCAUAUACUUAUACAACUUGUGGAGCUGAAGUAACAAGUGUAACUGGUUGUAAUUUCACAGGUAAUGACUUUUUCCCUGGUUUAUUCCUAACAUGUAAUGAACCAUGUACUGAAACAUUUUUAACAGAGUCCCCCCUUCAUUCAUUAACUCUUACAUUUGAACAUUGUCCAGGUCCUUAUAUUACUCCACCUCCAAUAUUUUUCACUUCUGAUCCACAUGAUUGUACUUCUUAUAAACAUAGUCUUUAUUGUCCUUAUUUCUGUACAAGAACUGUCACAUAUCAAGAAUAUUAUGGCACUCUUAUGCUGGUUACUCAAACUUUCUGUGAUACAAAAUCAACAUGUUCGUUUUACACUACAGAUGAAAAACCAAGUUUUGUAUGCAUAAACCUGUCUGAUUAUUGGUAUGAGUCCACAGGAACUACUUAUUGGCCAGAACAAAACAGUACAACUCUGUGA